CGCAUAAGAUCGAAGAAACAACGCUCAGAUUUUAGAUGUAUUAUGUCACCUAUAUGGGUGUCUAGAUAACAAAACAAAAACACUUACAGACCUACACAAAAAACCAAAAAAAUACAAAACUAACAAGAAACCACUAAUAAAUCAAUAAUCCAUUACACAAAUGGCGGCGAAACGCACCCGUGAUGCGGAUAUCGUCAAGCACAAGAUGGACCUGCGGGUCCGAUUCAAGAAAUUAGUUCGGGCGGUCAUUAUGAACCAGACGUGGCUCUCCGACGAGGAGGAGCAGGGAAUCUCAAUGAAUGUGAAAAAGAAUGUCGCUUUGAUGCGCCAAAAACGCAAGCCAGGCAUGCUUACCGUAGCGGAUAAGGCUCUAUUGCGUUCGAAUCCCGCAUUCAGGACAAUUGAGGAACGCAAGAAGCUUUGCAUGCUAAUAGCAGGUCUGAAUUGUUUCUCUAGGAUUCCACCGAAAAUUCGAUCGCGCAUGGUGCCGGUCCUUAAGUUUAUGUCCAUUAAUGAAUCGCGAUUAAUUAUCAAGGACGGGGAUAUGCCCAUUUCCGUUUAUUUUAUACUGAAUGGCGAGGUCGAGAUGAAAAAGACCAUAUACAAUAAGGCUACAAAACAAGAGGAUGCCGUUCCGGAGGCUAUUUUUGGGCCAGGUGACUGCUUUGGCGACGUUGAAAUGGUUGAAGAUUGCCCGAGAAUGAAUACCUAUAUAGCCUUGUCUAGCUGUGAGGUUUUAUCGUUAUACGACCAGGACUAUGAGCGCAUCUUGAAACCAUUUAUGUUGAAACAAUGGAAUGAAAAGAAGCUUGCACUAAAAGCAUUUGACUAUUUUGAUUUUCUGAGCCCCGAACAGAUAAUUCUCGCUUGCAAGUACUCUUACUUGGUUCAGUAUGAGCCCCUGGAGACCAUUUAUCUGGGCGAUAAGGGUUCUUUGGGUUAUGUGCGAUUUAUUCUUAGUGGAGAGUGCGUCAUUUUGCAGUGUUUGAGCAUGAAGGUCACCAAUGCGGAUGGCAAGGUCAACUACGAGCUGACUGAAAUCGACAAGGAUAAGGAGGGACUUGAUAUGUUUCAAUCCUGGAAGGAUCUCAGGAGCCAAGCGCAAAUUGUUGACAUACAGGACAUUUUGGCCUCUACCUCCUCCUCCUCCGAUGAUGUCGAAGGAGGUGUCACAAAGAAAAAGCAAGCGAUGCGCAAAAUGGGUCUAGCUGAGAUUGAGAAGUUCUGUGGCAUCCGCGACUCGGCCACGCCUAAAGGAAAGAAAGCGAAGCCGCGGAGAACACUAAAUACGCAGGCACAGGCCAGAAAAACAGCGUUGAUCCAAUCACUGAGGCGCGGAACUCCUUGGCAGCCAAGUGGGGGACUUAAUUCCGAUCAAUAUGACGACGACGAUGAUGAUGAUGAUCUAGGCGAUAAUGAAGAUUAUUUGGAUUAUGCCGACGAUAUCGAUGAUGAUGAGAAUUAUUCUGAUGACAGCACAUAUGAUGACUCGGACGAUGGUUCCAUGGACAGAACCAUUGCGGAGGUGCAAGUGCAGCUAAGGCGACACACCGCCGAAAGUUCAGAAACGGAAAAGAAGGGAUCCAAGUCCAGUUCGUCAUCGGAAAUAUUCACGGCCAGUUCGGCGACCAACGUUAAUAAUAACAUUGUUGAGGGCGAACCAAAACGUAAAGUUACCGAUCCUGUCGAAACCCACUUUAUAGACGUAGGCUCACUGACCUACGGCAGCGUUUUUGGUCUGGGCGAAAAGAUGGAGCACCGUGUUAUUAUGGCCCGAACCGUCGUACAAUGUCUGCUCCUUCCACGCUUUUGGCUACUGGAAGAGGAACAGAAUCCUGGUAACAUAUGGCACCGCCGACGCUUCUACUUCGAGUGCAAUGUGCCCUCGCGUCAGGAUCUGUUUACCAACUUUCUCAAGACCCGGCAGUGGAACAAAUUCCGACAUGACUACAUUCAAAGCCUGCUGAAUCGCGAGGAGCAGGGCAACAUUACCAAGGAGGAGGAUAUACCCAUUAUGUGUCGCAUUGUGGAGACUAGCGAUGAUGCCACAUAAUGAAUGAACACAAGUUUAUAUCCAAAUUAUCUGUGAUCUUGCAAUAAAACGUGCUUCCAAUUCUAAUUCGGGGAAUUCUAGCGCUAUUUGUUAUUAAAUAUAAAUAUUAAUAUUUAAGUGUGAGAUUUAGAGAUUUUGUAAAACUGUUUCGUAAUUAAGAUUUAUUGUGUAAAAACGUUAUCAAAUACUUCAAAUUAAGAUCAUAUUCGCUAUUUUUGAGGUAUUGGGAGUGCCACAGAAA